UACAUGUCUAUGCAAAGUACUUGCUUAACCUCCUUUUCAUGUAGUAGAUUAACUGUUUAAUGACAGCUGUCAAGUGAAAAGGAAAAAUAAUUUAGUGAAAUGAAGUGAUAAUUUAUUUUUGUUGACGACUUGUUGAAGCUCUUUGAGCCCUAAACAUAGUCGAAAGGAAAAACAUUAAAUAUUUUUUAAGAAAUUAAUAAUUACUAUAAUAAUUUAAUAAGUGUAAGGAAAGUUUUUUACUCUUUCACUUGAGUUUUCAUUGUAAAAAUUUCGAUUUUACGUAAAGGAUGACAAUGGGAGAUGAGACUCCAGUUACAUCACUUGUUCUCCCUGUGAUACUUCGACCGAUAUUAAAUAAGUUGGAGACUCAGAAUGUCAUAGCAGCCCAAACAUUGAAAUCUGCUUUAUCCAAAGCAGAAAAUGCUCAUCCAGGAAUCACAUAUGAUCUGUUACUAGGAAUAGUACGAAGAGCAGAGCUGAGUCUUGACAUGAAUGCAAGUGUACUUCGUUUACAAGGAGCAGCAACUGACUGUGAUGAAUAUCGCUCAACCAGGUCAGAAGAUGCAUUCCAAGAGCUCAAUCGUAAAUCAGCAGCAUUAAAAAGAAUACUAAGCAGAAUUCCUGAUGAAAUCACCGACCGAAAGACAUUUUUAGAAACAAUUAAGGAAAUUGCAAGCGCAAUCAAAAAACUCUUAGAUGCCGUAAAUGAGGUCACGGCAUUUAUACCUGGAGUUUCAGGUAAACAAGCUCUCGAUCAACGUAAAAGAGAGUUUGUUAAAUGCAGCAAACGUUUUAGUAAUACAUUAAAAGAGUAUUUCAAAGAAGGACAAGCCAAAGCUGUCUUCAUCAGUGCAUUAUUUUUAAUCCGACAAACAAAUGUGAUGAUGAGAACUGUCAAACACAAAUGUGAAUAAACAAUAAUUAUUUUUUUGUCUUCUACACUGUUUUACAAUUUAGCCUGAUCUUCGGAUCAUGAUUGUGGAGAAUAAUAGCCAGACAAAUAUAAUAUUCAAGAUUCAGGGUAACAAAAUUAAUUUGUACUUUUCAUUAUUACAGCUUUACCGUGUUAUUUCUUAUAUAAUCGUUAUAUUAAAAAAAUAUACAUAUUAUAUUAUAAUCAUAAU